GAGGAGGCGGCGCCGGCGCGCUGCUACGAGCAGUCCCUGGCCCGCGGGUUCUGGUGCCCGCCGCGCCUCCGGGGGCGGAACGAGUCCCUGAUCGAGGCCGUCAAUGACUGGCACUACGCGAUGCUGAACGACUCGCAGAGGAACGAGUGCCACUUACGCCGUGGCAGGCGUAGUCGAGGGCAAGCGCGUCGUGGACAUCGGUUCUGGGAGCGCGCUGCUAUCGCUGAUGGCCUCCAAGCAGGGCGCGAGCAAGGUGCUGGCCAUAGAGGCAUCUGGUGAUAUGGUAAACCUUGCCAAACUGAACGUAGAGCGCAAUGGCGAGAAAGGCAAAAUCACCAUCAUACACGAUCUCAGCAGCAAUGUGCAGCUGGCUGAGGAGGACAAGGCCGAGGCGAUCGUGUCGGAGACGCUGGGGGCGCUGAUGCUCGGCGAGGGCAUGCUGGACUACCUCGUCGACGCGCGGCGCCGCCUCUGCCGCCCCGGGGCCGCUGUGAUCCCGGCGGGUGGGGCCCAGUACGCGACACUGGGUCGGCGGAUCUCUUCGCCGUCCCUCGCGAUGGUGUCGAGCGUCAACUCCCAGUGCUGCAAGGGCUUCGACCUCUCGGCCAUCGGUAGCUUGCAGGACACGGGGAACCUGUUCUUCACCAAGCAGUGGGGCUUUAGGCUGAACUCGCUGCCAGCCGUAGAGCGCCUCGUCCACGUCAGAAAUAUGCCGGGCAGGGUCUGCCCAGUGGCUCCUGGGCCCCCCUCCCCUCUGGACCUCGGCGCGGCCUGGACGACCGUGGCGCCAGACCUGGUGGAGAUGUCCGAGAGGGUGAGCAUCCUCGAGGUCGACUUCGGACACACAGAGAGGGCCCACAUACCCGCGACGAAGACGUUCCGCCUGCAGGCUCUGCACGACGGCAUCGUGCACGCGGUGGUGGCAUCGUGGGAGGUCUGGGCGGCGAACAAGGCGCACCGGAUAACGACCCACCACGAGGACACGAAGCACGAGCCGUGGGGCUUUGCCCGGGACAUGCAGUGGGGGCAGGGCCUGCAGCUCGUGGAGGACUUCGACGCCGCGGGGCGCAGCGAGCGCAACGCAGCGCCGGCCUCCUUCGUGGUGAAGGCCGGCGAGGCGCUGCUGCUCUCGGUGAGGUUUUCGGUGCCCUGCCGGCAGACGUUCCAGUUCACGCUGCGGCGGGAGGGCUCGAAGGAGGCGUGAGUGGUCGUUAGCCCCCGUUGCGCCCGACACUUCAGCCCGCUCCCUCCUACUCCUCUUGCUCCUACUUUCCC